AUGGCCUUCAAUGACCUCCUGCAGCAGGUGGGGGGCGUCGGCCGCUUCCAGCAGCUCCAGGUCACUCUGGUGGUCCUCCCGCUGCUCCUGAUGGCCUCGCACAACACCCUGCAGAACUACACGGCCGCCAUCCCCACCCACCACUGCCGCCCACCCGAGGGCACCAAUCUCAGCCGGGACCCCGAGCUGGAGGCCUGGCUGCCCCGCAACAGGCAGGGGCAGCGAGAAUCCUGUCUCCGAUUCACGUCCCCCCAGUGGGGACUCCCCUGGGCCAACGACUCCGAGGCCAAUAGCACAGGGACCACAGAGCCCUGCCCCGACGGCUGGAUCUAUGACAACUCUACCUUCCCCUCCACCAUCGUGACUGAGUGGGACCUCGUGUGUCCUCACAGGGCCUUACGCCAGCUGGCUCAGUCCUUGUACAUGGUGGGGGUGCUUCUCGGAGCCACGGUGUUUGGGUACCUGGCCGACAGGCUAGGCCGCCGGAAGGUGCUGAUCUUGAACUACCUGCAGACGGCCGUGUCUGGGACCUGCACGGCCUUCGCUCCCAACUUCUCCCUCUACUGCUUCUUUCGGCUCCUGUCGGGCAUGUCCGUAGCUGGCAUCACCAUCAACUGCAUGACACUGAACGUGGAGUGGAUGCCCAUCCACACGAGAGCCUGCGUGGGCACCCUCGUCGGCUACACCUAUAGCCUGGGCCAGUUUCUGCUGGCCGGAGUGGCUUACGCCGUGCCUCAAUGGCGCCACCUGCAGCUCACGGUCUCGGUGCCCUUUUUCGCCUUCUUCAUCUACUCCUGGCUCUUCAUUGAAUCGGCCCGUUGGUACGCCACCUCUGGGAGACUGGACCGCACCCUGAAGGCACUACAGAAAGUGGCCCGGAUCAACAAGAAGAGUGAAGAGGGGGCCAAGCUGAGCAUGGAGGUCCUACAGGCCAGUCUGCAUAAGGAGCUGACCCUGAGCCAAAACCAGGCCUCCGCCAUGAUGCUGAUACGCUGCCCCACCCUCCGGCGCCUCUUCCUCUGCCUCUCCAUGCUGUGGUUUGCGAUCAGCUUUGCCUAUUACGGGUUGGUCAUGGAUCUGCAGGGCUUUGGGGUCAAUAUCUACCUGAUCCAGAUGAUCUUCGGGGCUGUGGACCUGCCGGCCAAGCUGAUCAGCUUCCUGGUCAUCAACUCGCUGGGCCGCAAGCCUGCUCAGUUGGCCUCCCUGCUGUUGGCCGGCAUUUGCAUCCUGGUCAAUGGGGUGAUACCCCGGGAUCAGACUAUUGUCCGGACCUCCUUGGCAGUGCUGGGAAAGGGCUGCCUGGCCUCCUCCUUUAACUGCAUCUUCCUGUACACUGGAGAGCUGUAUCCCACCAUGAUCCGGCAGACGGGUCUAGGAAUGGGCAGCACCAUGGCUCGUGUAGGCAGCAUCGUCAGUCCGUUGGUGAGUAUGACGUCCGAGCUGUACCCAUCCUUGCCUCUCUUCAUCUACGGUACCAUCCCUGUGAUUGCCAGCAUCUUCACAGCCCUCCUGCCAGAGACCCGGGGCCAGCCACUGCCAGACACAGUGCAAGAGCUGGAGAACAGGUGGGCCCCCAAUUUUCCCUUCUCCUGCCCUUUUUCCAGGAGAAAGAAACCCAAUCGGCAAGAACAGGAGCAACAGAAGCAAAUGGUCCCACUCCAGGCUGCAGUGAGAGACAAGAACAAAAUCUGAGCUUUGAGAGCAGUGCAAAG